CUCCGAGCAGCAGUACUCCUCAGUUCAGGGCUCAACCGACGUGCUGGUCUUGACAGUGAGUGAUGACUGUAACAGGGACAGCUGAGGCUUAGCUGUGUGGCUCCCAGAAAAAGGUGCAAAUUGGACGUCACUGCUCUGGUAGCAGGUGCAGGCUCUUUACUGCAUAAGGGACAGUUACCUAACAGGAAGAAAAUAGGGAUAUUUUGUGUGGAUUUUAUUCCUCCUUUUCUGAGUACUCAACGAUCUCUUAUCUUCAAGACCUGACAAUAUAUUUUCUUCAAGACCUGAAGGCAUGGGGGACACUGGCACAUUUGACUUCCAUCUCGUCAUUGCAUAUUACUAAAACCACUUUAACAUUUAUGCUUAGUUUUUAAUGAAGUAUUUCUUUGCUUCUGAAAAAAGAACCUGUCUCCAAGCUGAAUUUACACACUAGUUCUGUGCACUUGACGGUUUCAUUAGGGACCGCCUUUGGACUCCAACUUGCCACCACCAUUGACUGACUUGGCUACAAGGGAGAAGGGACUAUGGCUGGAUUAUCCUGUAAAACGCGUCUCUGUAACUUGCUCGUGGGUAACUGCAAGUGAAACAGACUGGAGGCUUCUGGCUGCAUUCCACCAGUUUGGCUGAAGACUGUAAACGUCCUGACAACCUUCACUUGCUGGUAGGACACGCGCACAACGAGAGAAACAGCACGACCACCCUUUACACUCUGGGUCAGCAGGGAUUAGUAGAAGAAUGCUGGUCCCAGGUGCCCAACAGGAAGAUGGCGAUGCGUUGGCUGAGUGCCGCAGCUGUUAGAUGGUUGCUGUUGAUGCUCCUAUGGCAGUGGACAGUGCUGGGUCACCUCGGCUGGGUUCUGGCCCUGGCUGAGGGGCAGCAGAGUAAGAACCCCUCGCUCACUGCUGCCAGCGCCGGACGCCAAAGUGGAGGCCAACUGGAUUGGCUCCUGUCCGAGAAGGGACCUUUCCACCGUUGUCCGGAAUACACAGAGUUCAAAGAACGCUUCCAGCAAGGCUUCUCCACACGCUAUAAGAUCUACAGGGAAUUCAGCCAUUGGAAAGUGAACAGCUUGGCUACUGAGAAGAGGGAUGUUUUUAAGGCUCCCUUGCCGCUGGCGCCUGAGUUUCUACGCAACCUGAGGCUGCUGGGUCGAAGGCCAAGUCUGCAACAAAUCCACGAGAACUUGAUCAAGAAAUAUGGGACUCACUUUUUGGUGUCUGCUACACUAGGAGGAGAAGAAUCAUUGACAAUAUUCCUGGAUAAGCAGAAGCUCAGUAAGAAAUCGGAGGGACAGGGAAACAGCUCAGUAGUGUCCUUGGAAAUAUUGCAUCAGUUGGCUGCCUCUUAUUUCACAGACCGCGAGAGCACCUUAAGAAGACUUCACCACCUACAAAUAGCCACGUCUGCCAUAAAGGUAACAGAAACCAGGACCGGGCCCCUUGGAUGCAGUAACUAUGACAGCCUUGAUUCUGUUAGCUCAGUCUUGGUACACAGUCCUGAAAAUAAAAUACAUCUCAAAGGUUUACAGGAUGUCCUUCCAGAAUUCCUGCGGAACCGUUUUGUGGAUGCUGCGCUCAGCUAUGUGGCAUGCAACUCCGAGGGGGAGCUUUUGUGUCGUAACAAUGACUGCUGGUGCCACUGCUCUGCCAAAUUCCCAGAUUGUAACUGCCCCUUUGCUGACAUCAAAGUCAUGGAGGAAAAUCUGCACAAAAGCAAGGAAUCCUGGAACAACUACAACACCGAAUUCAUGGAAUCAGAUGAAUUCAAGACCUUCAUGAAAAGACUACCAACAGACCACGUUUUGAACACAUCCAUGGUUUUAAAGUUCUGGGCAGUAGAUCCAGCUCUUCAGAAACGCUACAGCCAAUUGGAGAGCAACACCAAUCUAGUUCUUGGGAAAGCCCAGAAAAUAGUGAGGAAACUCUUCACUCUGAGCAAACGCUGUCCCAAACUACCACAAAUCAGUCUCCCAAGAGAAAGGACGCUGGGCUUUUGGCUAAACAGGGCCCAGUCCCUCCUCUACUGCAACGAGCAUGGAGUCCUGGGCACAUUUUCAGAGGAGGUGCAGAGCUGCACCUGCGCUACAGAGCACAGCAACUCCUGCCAAGGGACAGUGCCCUGUGUGAUUGGAGAGGGUUCAUCCUGCCUGUCCUGUGCCCCAGACAACAUCACCCGCUGUGGGUCGUGCCUCCCUGGCAACGUGCUACACCUGGGCUCUUGUCGGCCCAGCAUAGCGAACUCUCUGGACCACUACCUGAACAUCGACUUUGACAUGCCGGACGCAGAGGUCAAAUACCUGCUCCAGCGACUGGACAGUCGCAUGGAGGUCCACGCCAUCUACAUCAGCAAUGAUGUUCGCCUGGGCAGCUGGUUCAACCCGGCCUGGAGGAAACGCAUGCUCCUCACACUAAAGAGCAACAAAAACAAAUCCAACCUCAUUCAUAUGCUAAUGGGUAUCUCAUUCCAGAUUUGCUCCACUAAAAACAGUACCCUGGAGCCUGUGCCUGCUAUUUAUGUCAACCCAUUUGGGGGCAGCCACUCAGAGAGUUGGUUUAUGCCUGUCAACCAGCAGGACUUCCCAGACUGGGAAAGAACUAAAUUGGAUGCCUCUCUGCAGUGCUACAACUGGACGCUAACGCUGGGCACCAAGUGGAAGUCCUUCUUCGAGACGGUGCACAUUUACCUGCGCAGCCGCGUCCUGACCGACGACCCAGCCAUCAACGAGACCCUUUUCUACGAGCCCCUGGACCUGGACGAUCACGCGUCCAACCUGGGAUACAUGAAGAUCAACAGUCUCAAGGUGUUCGGCUACAGCAUGCACUUUGACCCAGAGGGUAUCAAAGACUUGAUCCUGCAGCUGGACUACCCAUACACCCAAGGCACCCAGGACGCGGCUUUUCACAUGCUGCUGGAGAUGAGAGACCGUAUCAACCGGCUCUCCCCGCCCAGCGUGCAGCCGUUGGACCUCUUUUCAUGUCUACUUCGCCACAGGCUCAAGCUCUCCACCAGUGAGGUGGUGCGCAUCCGAGACUCUCUUCAGAUUUUCAACGCCAAGCUGCCCGAUUCCUCCGAGGCGGAGCUAGGUCAGUUGUGCAGCUAGCUCAGUCUACAUUUCAGCCCUGAGAGCGCGGUAACGCACUGCCGGUUUCUCUUGGGUCAGCCGCCAACUUGGUCAGCUGGUUUAGAAAACAUGUACGUACAUUUCUGAGGUGGAACACUCCCAAACACCGGCGGACAAAGCAGGGUCUGUUGGAUGCGUUGAUGAUGUCAUGGUAACAGAUUUUCGCUUCAUGCCGAUCAUUUCUAUUAGGGGCUCCGAUGAGUUUUGAAAGAGGCUGCGCUGGUUUGUUCAUCCGUUGCCAGAAAGUUGUGGAAAGAAGAGGAUUCCCCUUUUUUUUUUGCUGACUGGACAAUUUCAUUUGAAAAGGGAAAUGCGUUUUGCCGAAUGGGUUAUUGAUUAUGCUUAGGGAAUUAAUUUGAUAAUAUUUUUUUUUUUCAUCUUUAUCAUUCCAUUUUAUCUGGUGUUACAAAUUCUGUGAGAUGUGUAUUUGUGCUUAACAUUUGGUUGAGAAGCCGAUGAGUGAUUCUUUUCUGUUCAGAAACAUUACUAUACCAAAAGAAAGUGAAUGUUGUGGCAAACUGAAUGGCAAAAAUGUCUUAAAUGUUGAGUGAUCAUUUUGAGCUGACUUCAAAAUGAAUUUAUCUGACAUGGUAACAAAAGGUAUGUGGAUACAGCUUUGUAAAUAUUGCUUCAUCUAAAUCAAGAUGUGGAAAGUGCACAUUGCUUUUUAGAUUACCAUGUGCAUAGACCCAAAACAUUUUUGUAACAAAACAAAAUCAUGCCUUAUAAUGGAGAGUCAGUGUUCAGAUAAAAAGCACAUUUACAGUAGUUGAGUUUCAUUUCCAGGCUAGAUCUUUUACAUAUAUUUUGCAAACACAACACCACAUUUUUAGAAUAGGCUAUAUUAAGUAUAUUAGCAUUCUAAGGAGUACACCACAUUGUGGAUCUUACCUAUAAAAUGCAAGUCACAGUUCUUGUUUGAAGUUAUUUAAGAAAUGUUGUUAUUUUCUUACACUCACUUUUAAUUUAAACUUCUAUUAAUUUAAUUCACGUUAGGUCUAUUCUUUGGAAGUUAAAUUAAUAUGAGCUGAAAUACUGGAGGUGAUUAAUUUCUGUUGGUAUUUUAUCUGGAUAUGUUUACUGACUUUGGUGGAUUAGACAUUUACAAUUCUGCUAUUUCCAUUUCAAAAAUUUAAAUUACUGUUUGGUCUUUCAAUGUACACAAAACCUAAACCUUGAUUGAAAAACUACAGUCUUGAAUCUAAUAUUGGAAUACCUGGUUUAUCAAUUGUACUAUACUAUCUGACAAUAGAGUCAACAAGGAACCUUUGGUCUCAACAAAGAAAACACUUUUAAUGUCCCUCUUCAAUGUACAACACUCUUGUGUUCCCAUGAAAUGGAUACAUACAUUUUAAAUUACCCUUGUAACAUCCAGAUGAGAUGAAUGCUCUCUAAUAUAUGAAGUGCAGCAUUUGCAAAAUAAAAACCAAUUUCCAAGGUUGUCACAGAGCACGGGAACCAAACACAUUGUCACAUCACAUCAAGCUCACCGCGCCUCAGUACAACCUGCGAAAAAAACUCAGACUUUUUUUUAUUAAGAUGGGAGUCCCAAACAUUGAGUUUGUAAAUAAAAGUUAUUUAUCUUGAUGUCAUCUAGAAAUCGGCACUUGCCCUUCAGCUAAUCGCCAGGACAGUGGAGGACAUCCAAUCAAUCAAGGAGGGUCUAUUAUGCUGUGCAAACUUUUCAAACAUUCCCACAAGAAAUGGAGGGAAAUGGGUCUGGCAAUCUUUUUUCCAAUGAUUUAUGAUGUUUUGAGAGUCCAAUAAUUGCAUCAGUGUUGUGGAAUUGGUCAAAUAAAAUGAGGUCUUGUGCUUGGGUUCUUUUUUUUCCCUGUACCUGUGUAGGUCAUGUAGUACAGUCAUCAAUUACAAUUUGGAUACAAUGUUUGGGGAAUCAGUGUUAGAAAAGAAAAUAUCAAGGAAUAGAUUAUUGAUAACACAGCAGUAAAAAAGUAAUAUGAUGAUUUUAAACAACAAUUGAAGGCACUAGUCUGGCAAUGUCAGUAAUAUGGAGCAUAUCACAUACUAGAAACAUGUUAACAUUCCAUAUCACUUCCACUUGUAUAUCAGUUGGAAAUCUAACUGUUGAUUUAAUUGGCUUGCCUAUAUAGUAAAAUUAUUUCAGAGAAUCUCAUUGCCAUUUUGUUUGUUCCUUUCCGUUUGUUUCCUGCCUCUGCCUGCCUACAGCUUUGUAGGACAGUAACUGACGGUCAGUGUGGUUGCCAGCACACAGCACCUAUCACACCACCCAGAAUUUCUUCAGUCAAACUUUAUAUUAUUUUAUGUCAAUCAGCGGUGAGCUUUUCUGCCAUUUCUUUUUUCCAAUUGCGCCACGCUUCUUGUGACAUUUGCUGCACUUCAUUGUUAGCUGAGGUCGUCCUUGAGCUUUUUAUGGCUCCCAUGUUCAAGGCUGGACAGGUCUUUGUGCUCCAUCCAUUUUCCAUUGGUGAGAGGAUGCCUGACAUGUAUAUCCCUGUGGAAAUAAAGGGCCUUCUGCAAUGCCAGCACUGUCACUUAACAGUGGCCUGUUUGUCUGGUGUGCAAAUCUUGGGAAUGCUGCCAACGUCCUUAGGCCUCAGAGAGCGAUGACCUCACUAUUAUGCUUUAUUACUCUGGUUAGGCUAUUUGAUAUGUAGGGGGAACAUCUUUCUUUCCACAGGGACACCGACCUUAGCUUUUCAACUGGUAAUACAAGAGAAAGAUGUACGAGAGAAAGGCUGCCUUCAUUUAAUGCUGUUUUUUAAGCUAUCAUCAAAUUCAAACAAGUAUACAUUUUAGAAAACUUUAGCAUGGAAUAAAGGGGUAGUAACAUGAUUAAACAAUUUGUUGGCAUUGUUAAAAUUCUAGCACUACCUAGUUCUAACAUGUGUCCAUUGUCUUGAUAUUGUCCACAUUCUGAUUGUGACAAUGUUUUUAGACAGGUGUAGAUGAUAAACAAAUGCAAUGGGCUCAGACCAGGAUCAAAUCAAAAGUGUAAACAGACAAGAUCAGGACAAGGCAUGCAUGUUCGUACAAAGUAUAAACAGGGCAACGGAUUUUACUGUAGUUAUAGCUUAUCCCAUAUUUGUUACCACAUACUACUUAAUAUUGUGCUGUAGACUACACUGCUUGUAGGGGUAGAAGCAUUCCAAUAGCCAUUAAUUAGCAACAAACUUUCUGUAAAUCAAAAAUGUUUUAAAUGUACUAUUAUGGACAAAAUUAUCCCUAGCAGUUUUACAGUCAAAAACGGUUAACGUCGUUGGAAAAAUUACCUGAUAUUUCCUAAAUGCCUUCAAUGUCUGUAUGUUUAUAGAAUGAAACGUGGUUUUUCCCCAAGAAGCUCCCAGUUUUCCAGAACCAAAGUGCCGAAUGUAAAUAUUCUUUGGGUUGGCUCCAUCCACUUUUCUCACACGCUACUUCACACAGCUUAAUCAAGAAUAUGAAACAUCAACCCAGUAUCCAGCUCACGGAACUCCACUCAAUGAUAUCACGUUUUCUGUGUUUGUAUCUGUACAUAUGAUGCGCUACAUACUGUACACCAACAUACUGAUAUGCCUACUGGUUGACUCUGUAACGUACCGUUGAAUUUUUGAUUCUUAUUGUUUGAUCAAAAAUAUGUUUCUCUCAAUGUUUUAAAAGGAUGUAAAUGUUCUUAUAUUAAAUAAUUAAAUAGUUUGCA